GGUAGGUAGGUAACCGUUAACCUAGGCCCCGCGUAGAUCAUGGACAAGAAAGUGCAAACAAGUGAUGUUUUGUACUCCCCACAUCUGGGGAUGCCUUUUUAAGGGGAAGUACGGUCCGGAUCAUGCGGCGCAGUGCAGCUUCCGAUUCCCUUAUUUAUACUCUAGUUAGUAUAAAAAAGUUGUUAGAUUUGGGUUUAUGGCAACAUAUUUUCAACUUCAAAUCUUGUCCCACUUACCGUAUUUACACUUACCUACCUGGUAGCCUUAGGCAUUUUUAAUUUUAUACUCACUCGAGCUUCAAAAAGACGGGAAUACAAUUCAAGAAAAUGCCGGCCAAACAGAAGCAGCCCGUAUACGUGCUCGGCGUCGGCAUGACGAAGUUCAUCAAGCCUCGCGGCAAAGUCGACUACACAGAGCUUGGCUUCGAGGCUGGCGUCAAAGCUAUGCUCGACGCCCACAUCAACUACGACGAAGUCGAACAGGGCAUCGCAUGCUACUGCUAUGGCGACUCUACCUGCGGCCAACGCGUCUUCUACCAAUUCGGCAUGACGCAGAUUCCCAUCCUCAACGUCAAUAACAACUGCUCUACUGGUUCCACUGGUCUUUCCAUGGCCCGAAACACCAUCGCUUAUGGCGGCGCUGACUGCAUUCUUGUCGUUGGUUUCGAGAAGAUGAUGCGCGGUAGCCUCCAGAGCUUUUUUAAUGAUAGGGAAAACCCUACCGGCACUUCGGGAAAGAUGAUGCUGGAAACCCGCGGUUACACGAACGCCCCUGGCGCAGCGCAGAUGUUUGGCAAUGCCGGUCGGGAAUAUAUGGAAAAAUUCGGUGCCAAACUAGAGGACUUUGCAGAGAUUGGCAGGAUCAAUCACCAGCAUUCCGUCAAUAACCCAUACUCCCAGUUCCAGGACGUCUACACCCUAGAGCAAAUGCUCAAGUCGCCUAUGAUCCACGAACCUCUCACAAAGCUACAGUGCUGCCCCACGUCGGACGGUGGCGCCGCCGCGGUCCUAGUCUCGCAAGACUUCCUUGAUGCCAGACCGCAUCUGAAGGACCAGGCCAUACUGAUCGCGGGUCAGUGCUUGGCAACGGACUCGCCGAAGCUGUUUUCGCGCAGCGCCAUCGACUUAGUUGGCUUCGAAAUGAGCAAGCACGCCGCCGAGGUAGCUCUCGCCGAAGCCAAGAUCUCGCCCGCCGACGUCCAAGUCGUCGAGCUGCACGACUGCUUCUCGGCUAACGAGAUGGUGACACUAGACGCGCUAAGUCUAUGCGAGCCAGGGAAAGCGCAUGAGAUGGUACGCCGCGGCGACAUCACCUACGGUGGCAAGUACGUCGUCAACCCGUCCGGCGGCCUAAUUUCCAAGGGCCACCCCCUCGGCGCCACGGGGCUCGCGCAGUGCGCCGAGCUGGUAUGGCAUCUGCGCGGCUGGGCGAACAACCGCGCGGUACCGCACACCAGGUUCGCGCUCCAGCACAACCUGGGCCUGGGCGGUGCCGCUGUCGUCACGGUGUACUGCCGCCCGGACCGGGGCGAGGCGCGCAAGCGCGACUCGGCCGACGUCGCGAGGGCGAACGGCCUCGGGUACAACCCCGCCGUCGAGGCCAAGGGUUUCACGGCCGAGCAGUGCAAGAGCGUGCUCAGCAAGAAGGCGCUGAGCACGUGGGCGCUGCAGGAUACGGAGAAGAAAGUUGAGGCGAGGUUCUAAUAAGUUUAUAAUAGAGGACAGAUGAAAUAGAAAGUAUGUCGAGGGGACUCCGCGCAACAGGAACCAAAGCGCAAGAUUGUAUGUUGUGUUUACCUAUUUCUUUUGGGUUCUUUUCUUUAUGGAUUUUCAGGCAUGUCGAAGGGUCGGGCAAGCCACUCAUUAUUCUAAGCAGGUAUUAUCAGGUACUUACUUAGGACAGCUACGGUAUGAUGUGGUAUGAGUUUAUGACAUACUCAUACUUGGGUAUCAGGUACCUAAGGGUAGGUGCAAGGUAUGACACAUACAGUAUAUAUGAGCAAUUAUCGCCUAUUGGCUUGUUAGCCUUAUUCGUGUUGUUAGCCCGAGGCCGUUCCGAAUUAUAUGAAAGGUAGUAGUUAGCAUAGACUCACCUGGAAUGAAUCGAACUUAUUUUCAUAGAAACUGACCCUCUUUCUGCUGGCGUUUUAAGGUUUCUGCUUAAUCUUAGUUAGGGGCUAACGUCGCUUGUGUAUAUGCACCUGUCUCAUCAGGGGGCGGAAAAGUCAGAAAGGAAUAGGGGCAAGUUGUCAUGAGGAUUCUACAAUGGCAAUUUUUUCUAGUUAUAUUAUGUAC